GCCUCUGAAAAAGAAGGGGGGGUCGCAAACUUUUACGCCAUCCACCAUCUGAUUUUUGUUUAUCGCGGAAGCUGCGCAAAUUAAAAUUCGCUAUUUUCGGGACUGGACCGCGUCGAAAAAAGGUAAAUCUAAUUCCAGUGGUUUGAGGUGCUGCCGCAGGAAAUGGCGGAAUCGCUGGAGAACGGUGCACCGAUGGGUUCCAGCGCGUCCUCGUCCAGUGUGGCUGCUAAUCUGGUGGAGCCACCGUCACCCAGCAGUAGUGGCAGCAAUGGCGACGAAAACAAACAAUCGCUCGAGCAGCAGCAAGGGGAGAAAUCGGACACCGAGCUGGUUAAAAUGGAAUGUCCAGUUUGUCUCCAGACGUGCAUCCACCCAGCGAAAUUGCCCUGUGGUCACAUCUUUUGUUUUCUCUGCGUCAAGGGCGUCGCGUUCAAGAACCGCCGCUGCGCCAUGUGCCGCCGGGACAUUCCGCCGAGCUACCUGGAGCACCCCCAGCUGGUGAACGGGCUGCGCGAGGUCGAGAAGGCCGCCAAGCCACGCACCGAGGACGGCAGUGGCACGCCCGAGUUCCAGUGGUACUACGAGGGCCGCAACGGGUGGUGGCAGUACGACGAGCGCACCAGCCAGGAGCUGGAACAGGAGUUCCAGAAGAAGGAACGCUUCUGCAAGAUUCUGGUCGCGGGGUUUUUGUACAUCGUGGACUUUGAGCACAAGUGCCAGAUCCGGCAGAACGACCCGUCGCGGAUACGGCGCGUCAAGCGGGACUUGACGAGCAUCCCGAAGAAGGGCGUCGCCGGGUUGCGGCUGGAAACGAACGAUCUCACGCUGGGGGCGGGCCCCAGCUCGAACUCGGACGGGGCGCUCAGCUCGGCGGAUCUGCAGGCGGAGACGAAUUUGCUGCAGAUGCAGCGGAACAUUGUGGUUGAGGAGACGGAGGAGGAAGAGGUGGAGGAGCAGAUUAGGCGGGUUAAUUUGGACGGGAGCUUUGAGAGUGAUGCGACGAACAGUGCGAAUAACUCGUUUGGGGAGGAGGAGGAGGAGGAAGCUGCGUCGGUUAGUGGUGAAGCGGUAGCGUUGGAUGAGGCUAUUAAUAAUUUGAACUCGCUUAGUUUGAGUGAGCCUCGGGCGGGUGGGAGUCGGGAACCGGUUACGAUUCGGCGGCGCGUUGUGACGGAUUUGUUUGCGCUGAGCGAUAGCGACGAUGAUAACGAGGAUACGAAUCAUGUAAUUCUGUGAAGGGGGAGAGCCGGGGGAUGGCGAUGAAUACUACUCUGCAUUUUUGGCUAAGUUUGGAUAAGAUUUGGAGUUCACUACUUGUCGUUUGAUAGGGUGACAGGAAGAGUAUUGUAGCGUGUAGGUGUUUUGAUUAGAUACCCGGGAAUGAGGUCAAGAAUUUCUUUCUGAAAAAAAUGUAAAACUUUGGUUCUAAGUAGAGUGGCAGCACUAUAUUUGCUCUAUCAUAGAUUGUAAGCAAAUAAACUACAGCUGUAGACAUUAACCCUAGCGAUAAGCCUAACGCUCUCUUAUCCAAAAUCAGAAACAAUAGCUACUCUAAACUAAAGAGAAGAGCAAAAAUUUAUACAUAUACUUUUGAUAUUCAGAAACAAACAGAAUAACCGACUAUUUUUGUUACUGCAGCUUUUUCAACUGAUUAAUAAAACCAACGUUUGGUUGUA